AUGGCGUCAACCGAUUUGUCGUCCGGCUCAAUCCCACCUUUCUACCGUGAAAUUUAUGAGAAGAUAUGUUCACCUACCAGUGGAAAUGUCGAACGCGAAGUCUUCAAAUCAUUACUAGUUAAAUCACAAUUGAGCAGUCCUAUUUUGAGCCAGAUAUGGGACCUCGUGGACAGUAGGACAGGAUUUUUGAGCCGCAGUGGACUUUAUAAAGGACUAGCACUUGUAGCAUUUGCUCAACAGGGUAAACAACCAAGUGAUAAAUUAUUAGAAAAUGUUGAAUCUCAAGAGCUUCCAGUUCCUGUGCUCGGCGAUCUUUCAGAAGUAACUCUAUUAGCGCAAAGAUUAUACAAAGGAAACAACCCAGCGAAGUUGAAUCUUAUGUACUCAGAUAUUUGUAAAUUAGAUACGAUAGAAGUUAAUUUAGUUCCGGAGCGAAAAGGAAUUUUUUUAAAACACGUAGAGUAUCAAGUAACAAGUAAGGCUUUUAAUUCAAUUGUACACAGGAGGUAUAAUGACUUUGUUUCUCUUCAUGAUCUCCUCCUUGCACGAUUUCCGUAUCGGUUAAUACCAAAACUGCCGCCUAAAAAAAUUGUCGGAGCGGAUUCGCAAUUCUUAGAAGAACGAAGAAGAUCACUCUUACGUUUUCUCAUCCUAAUAGCACGUCAUCCAGUCGUCAGAACAGACCCGAUAGUACAAUUUUUUUUCACCUACACCGGCGAAGAGACUCAAUACAAAAUACGUGAUGUCUUUCGUCGCGUACCCGACGAGUUUGCAACGUCAGAGCUGUCGUCACGAGCGAAAGAACUGGUACCUCCAGAAACUCUAACGGAAUUCGCUAACAGCCGGGAUCAAAUACGAAUGAUACUAUGCGGAAUAUCGAGAUUAAAAAAUAUCGCAGAUUGUUUGGCGAUAAGGUCGCACUCUUACGCAGCGGAUAUGGCUGAAUUGGGUGCACAACUGAGCAAUUUAGCUGCUGAACCCCAUGGAAACAGCGGAUGGGCCAGUGGUGGUUCAACUAUUUGGCAGAAUAUGAAAAAAGGAUUUCAUGUAAUUGCCAAGGAAUUUCAUUUAUUAUCAGCACGUGCAUUACAACAAGCGGUGCGUGAAGAAACGACGGUAUGCGAGAGAUUGAAUUUAUUAUUAGACGUUUUAGUUGCGCAUCGAACACUUUGUGAAAGACAUGAACGAGGAGUUAGUGCUGAUCAUCAACGCGCGCUGUCAACAAUGUUAGCAUUAAAAAAACGACAAAUGCAAGGUGUAAUACGUGGUACCGAUGCUGAUACUGUGGAAUAUUUAGAAAAUAAAAUGGUAGCACAAGAAUCAGUAAUAGCUAAUGUUGAAUUAAGAAAUUCAUUUUCGUUGCACUGUUUGCAUAUGGAGACGCAACUUGUUCACGCACAUCUUGAAAUUCUUGCUACUGUAUUACAAAGCCUGGUUAAAGUUCAAAUUUGUGGACACUCAGAGUUAGCUGAAGUGUGGAAAUUAAUAGAACCGACGAUAAUGAAAUGUUUGCCGGAAAAAACGGCCAUUGACAUAAACGGAACUACAGACAAUGAAGGACCACUUGUAUGA